GUGCGACAGCUGCGCGGUGGGAGCGCUGGUGUUUCUGCUGUGUCGGGCUUGACGUUCCCGCCGCUAUGGGCAAACGCCGGAGCCGCGGCCGGAGCCAGCUGCUCAGCACAAUGACCAAGAAGCAGAAGAAGCACCUCCGCGACUUCGGCGAGGAGCAUCCCUUCUACGACAGGGUUUCCAAAAAGGAGGCAAAGCCACAGAUUUGUCAGUUGUCAGAGAGUUCAGAUACUUCACAUUCUGAAAAUGAAUCUGAGAGUGAACAAGAGCACAUUUCAGGGUACCACAGGCUGCUUGCUACAUUAAAGAAUGUUUCCGAAGAGGAAGAGGAGGAAGAGGAUGAUGAUGAUGAGGAUGAUAGUGCUGUAGGUGAUGAAGAAAUGAAUGAUGAAGAUGAUGAAGAAGAUGGCGGCAGGAAAGAGAAAACAGCAGAGACAGCUGAGACACAGGAACGUAUGUCCCUAGCUGAUGGCCCUGAAGACAAAGAUGGGAAAGAACCACCUGAUAUGUCACAGAAAUCUGCAGAGGAGUUCACAGAUGUGAAACACGAGUCACUGUUCAGCCUGGAAACCAAUUUUCUGGAAGAGGACAGUGGAGCCAACAGCUCUUCCCAAAGAGCAUCCCAAGAUCCGUUUCAACAACAUGUCAACAGAGAACUGAAAGACAAGGAGAUUCAAGCUGCUGCUUCAAGCUCGCCAACUACCCAGCAGCUGGAAUGGCCUGUCCUUGGACAGCUUGUCUUUUCAUCAAAGUUCCAGAAGAUGGAAACAUUUAAACCUCCAAAGGAUAUUGACAUAAAGUCACUUCAUCUUCAGAAGCCUCUAGAAUCUACCUGGAAAAAGACCAAUAGCCAAUUUCUAUCUGGUCCUCAAAAAUCAAAUAGCCCCUUUACCCCACUCCAGAAAGAGCUGUUCUUAAUUAUGAAUUCUUACCGGGACCUGUUCUACCCAGAGAGAACUGCCCUGAAGAAUGGAGAAGAGGUCCGCCAUGUGUACUGCCUGCAUGCCAUAAACCAUGUCCUCAAAGCGAAUGCCCAAGUGCUGGCUAACAACAGUAGGCGUCGGAGUCAGAAACUUGGGGUGGGUGAGGACGAUGAUUUCAGGGACCAAGGGCUAACCAGGCCUAAGGUGCUUAUAGUGGUGCCUUUCCGGGAAGCUGCCCUUCGGGUGGUUCAGCUCUUCAUCAGCCUCCUAGAGGGGGACAGCAAGAAAAAAAUCAUUGUAAGCAACAAAAAGAGGUUUCAGGGGGAGUAUGGCUCCGAUCCGGAGGAGAGACCACCCAACCUGAAGAGGCCCGAGGAUUAUGAAGCUGUGUUUGUGGGCAACAUUGAUGACCACUUCAGGAUUGGAGUGGCAAUACUUCAGAGGAGCAUUCGUCUCUACGCCCCCUUUUACUCCUCCGACAUCCUUAUCGCCUCCCCGCUGGGCUUGAGAACCAUUAUUGGUGGAGAAGGAGAGAAGAAGAGAGAUUUUGACUUUCUGUCUUCUGUUGAGCUUCUCAUCAUCGACCAGGCUGACAUUUACCUGAUGCAGAACUGGGAACAUGUCUUGCAUUUGAUGAAUCACAUGAACCUGCUGCCUUUGGACUCACAUGGGGUGGACUUCUCUCGAGUACGAAUGUGGAGCCUCAAUAACUGGUCCAAGUACUACCGCCAGACCCUGCUCUUUGGUGCCCUGCAGGAUGCCCAGAUCAACUCUGUGUUCAGCAAGCACUGUGUCAAUGCCCAAGGCCAGGUGGCAGUGAGGAAUGUCCCAAAAACAGGCUCCAUUAGUCACGUGCUGGUGCAGCUCCCACAUGUCUUCCAGAGGAUGGAAGCCCAAGAUCUUGCUUCAAUGAUUGAUGCCAGGUUUCACUUUUUCAUAAACAAGAUUUUGCCUCAGUACCGGGAUGCUGUCAUGUCCCACACACUCAUCUAUGUCCCCUCCUACUUUGACUUUGUGCGUCUCCGAAAUUACUUCAAGAAGGAAGAGCUGAACUUCACACACAUCUGCGAGUAUACACAGAAGUCUGGGGUCUCCAGGGCUCGUCACUUCUUCCUCCAAGGAGAGAAGCAGUUUUUGCUCCUCACGGAACGCUUCCAUUUCUACAAAAGGUACACAAUAAAAGGCAUCAGGAACCUGAUAUUCUACGAACUGCCAACCUAUCCUCACUUCUACAGUGAGGUCUGUAAUAUGCUGAGAGCCACAAGUAGAGGAGAGGAGGCCACUUGGACCUGCACUGUGCUCUAUUCCAAGUACGAUGCCCAGAGGCUGGCUGCUGUGGUUGGUGUCGAGCGGGCAGCACAGAUGCUGCAGUCUCCAAAGAACGUUCACCUCUUCAUCACCGGAGAGAAAUGAGUGGAGCAGGACAGACUACAUAGGUCAGUGGGCCAUGUAGACCGGAUUCUCAUCACUUCCCCAGGAGCAAGCUCUGGACAGACUGCAGCCUUGUGUCCCUGGAAAGUGCAUUGUAACUAGUGUCAGUGACCACAGCUGCCAGAGCCAAUAGCAAUCUGCAAGGACUGUCAUAUUCAGAAAUGAAGCUUGUGCUUGUCAAACUUGUAAACUGUAAGUGUUCCAAUUACAGUUUUUAACUUUUUACAUGGGGAAUAUUUUCUGGCUUGCCUAUCCAUUUUCUGGUGUUAUUUGUGAGGUUUGCUGAGAGAGAGUUGGAGACAUCUUGCUGCUGUGUUGUGUCUUGGCACAUAUCUUGUGGAACUUUGCUUUUGCAGCCAAACUAAAAAAAAAAAAAAAAAAAAAAAUAUAUAUAUAUAUAUAUACAUAUAUAUAUACACUCUAACCUAGAAGAGUACAUUCAUUCACUGAUCUUUUUAAAUUCAUUAUGGUGUUUUAAUGGCUAACACAUUUACAGUUAAGUUAUAUAAAGCAACAUUAUUUUGUACAAUUCAAGCAACACCGUGGUGGAUCCCUGUCCUGGGCACCACUGUCUCUUUUGCUUAGCUGGUCUUUGAGUCAUGUAGCAGGAGAAAGUGAAAAGGAAAUCAUGCUUUGAAACAUUAAACACCAUUAUUUUAAA